CGAUAACGAAGCAGUUGCUUGUCCGUACAGAUGUGAUCAGUUACAUUGUUUAACAAAAAAUGGAUGUUCGAUACAGUAGACGUUCGAGACAAUAACUUUGAUAAUAUCCAAAUGUUUUUACUUCAAAGUAGUUGUCAACGAAAGCAGUCGCUUUCAAUGCAGUUAUGAUCUCCCGGUACCUGUAUAAUCUAACGAAUUACUUCAAGAUUAGUUUUCUUUAAAUUAAGAAAUAUUUCCUAAUCAAUUUUCUUUUGUAUACUGUUUUCAAAUUUCUCCCCUUUUAUUAAAUUAAAGUUGAAAAUUCUACUUAAAAUGGGAAAUUUUCCUCGAUAUCAUAUCACAUUAUCUAUGAAAAAUAAUUUUUGUCUGAUAACGACCAAGGUAAAUAGUUAUGUAAUUUAUUAAAAUGCGAUGGAUACCACUGUUGUUUAUCGCCCCUCCGACUAGUCCGAGUCUUAUGUUAAAUUGUUAACCUACCUUAUUUUUAUUUUGUAGUGUAUCGACUUAAAACGUUCUUUAAACAAUUAUUAUUUACUACUUUGUAUAUUUUUGUAUUGUUUUUACCAAUAAUUGUUGAACUAUAUAAUUUAAUAAUUUCCUGAUUUUAUUAUUCUUUUUCUUAUACCUAAAUAUUUAUCUAUUGUUAAGAAUUUGUCAUAAGGUUUCAACUUUCAGUUUCAAUAAAUUAACAUCUUCUUAGUUCGUGUUCAUCAGACAAGUUUUUAAUUCAAGGAACUAUUUAACAUUAAUAUUCAAUUGUUAAGUAUUAAUAAUCUUCAUUGUUAUAAAAUACAAAUUAAGUUUGGGUAUAUUUGUUGUUCUUCGAUUAUUUUAAUUUUUAAUUUUUCCUGUAAAAUGGACACAAAUGAAAAUAAUGGUGAGAUUUAUUAACUUAUAUUAAUUAAAAUAAUUUGUAAUUUUUUUUUUUAAAUUAUAUUUUUGUAUAUUUAAAAACAGGCAAUGAAAAAGAAGAGACACAACAGUAUGCAGAAAAAGCUGUUGAAAGGAUUGAUGAAAAUGGAGUAAAAUUUAUUAUAUAUGAAGACAAUCCUAUAGAACUCGAUGAAAAUGCUGAAGUAAAUAAAUACAUUUUAAUUUUUUCUAUUUUUAUCAAUUUCCCUCUUAAUUGCCUAAGUUAGGUUAAGUCAUUAAGCAUUGCCAAAAUUAGCAUUUUUUUAGCCAGAAUAACAAUUCAACAGAUUAUUCAUGUAGAUAAUUUUUCAAUAUGCAUUAAGUACUUAUUGAUAUAACUACAAUUUUAUUAAAUUUGUUGUGCAAGGAACAUAUACUUGAUUUCACAUAAUCAUGUGUAUAUAUUAUAUUUUUGGUUGUAUGCAAUAUAGUGCUUAAGAUAUACCUUUAUAUCAAAUAAUAAUCAAUAUACUGAAAUUUACUUGGAUACUUGUGUAAUAUUAACAUUUGAAUUUAUAUUUCUUUUUAUAAAAAAUAGUCUCAUAAUUGUCAUAAGUUAUCCUAUUUGUCUAUUAAUUAAAAUUACAAUAUACUAUAUAUAUUUCCAGGAAUUGGAUUUAAAUCAUCAACAGCUAGAUAAAAUUGAUAACUUUGAACGCAUGCAAAAUCUACGUUCUUUAUGUCUUCGUUGGAACCGUAUUAAAAUCAUUGAAAACCUCCAGAUGCAUAUUACACUGAAUGAACUUGAUUUAUAUGAUAAUCAAAUAACCAAAAUUGAAAAUCUAUCCAGUCUUAUAAAUUUAAAGUAAAAAUAAAUUAAUUGUUUUGUGUAAAUAUGUAAGUACAUUGUAGGUAAUCAUUGUUUGUGUUUUUAUACCAAUUUUAGAGUGCUUGACUUAUCAUUCAACCGUAUUAGAGAAAUUGAAGGCCUUGAAAAUUUGAUUAAUUUAGAAAAAUUAUUUUUGUCAAGCAAUCGAAUAACUAAGAUUGCAAAUGUUAAUCAUUUGUCAAAUCUACAAAUGCUAGAAUUAGGCGAUAAUAAAAUUAAGGUAUGUAUACUUUUGAUAGUAUUUGUGGUACCUGUGCUUUACCAAAUGAUGAUUUACAGAGGCGUUUAGAUUUAAAUUAGAUAGAUUUAUUUAAAAAUAUUUUUAAUAGUUUAUUUAAAACCAUGAUUUUUUAAAACAAAAUAUAUAUUUGUUGACUGUUUAUAAUAAGAAUUAAUUUUAUACUUUGGUAGAUAAUUCUUAAUAAAUAUUUUGCUCUAUAGGAAUUUUAAUUGUUUAUAUUUUUCUUUGAAUAUACAUGUUUUGUUAUGCAAGUUUUUAAAAAUAUUUGAAUUUUGUUCCACGAACUGUAAUUUCAGUUAUGGUAAAAAAAACUUAAAAUACUUUGGGACUUCAGCAUAAAUGAAGUUUAAUACCAUUGCUCAUUUUAAUUUUUUUUUCCAAAAUUUGAUUUGAAGACUGCCAUUAAUCAUUAUUCAUUAUUAUACCUAAUACGCAGAAUAUUAUUCUCGUAAAACAGCAUAUUUUUUUCAUUCCGCCCAUCCCUGUACCUAUGCAAAAUAGUGUCGCGUAACAAUUCAAGGGUUGAUUUUCAAUUUAAUAUCUAAAAAGAAGUAGUUUGGAGAUGGCUAAGACCCUAUAGCGAGGUUUAAGUUUAUAAUUUGGACCCUAUACUCCUUGCAGCAAUAUCAGUUUGGAAAUGCUAUGAUAAGUAAGUUAUCAAUUUAAAGUUUGUUGUUAAGAUGGUUUUAAAAAAAAAAAAUUGAAGUUAUUUAACCUGUGAUAGCUUGUACCAUUAGAAAAAAUCUAAUAUAUAACUUAUUUUAUGAAUGACUAUUAUUGAUUGAACGAUAAUUAAUCACCCUUCUACCAAUACUUAAUUUACACGAUUAUGAUACAUUUAGUACCAUUAUUAUCACAGAGACUAAACUUCUCUUCUUUGCAGAUGAUAUAAACAUUUUCCUCAAAAUUGAUUAUCUUAAUCAAUGUACUAGUCUUCCUAACUUGAUAUUUUUGCAAAUUGGGCACAUGAUAUUGGUCUUAGCCUUAAUACAAAUAAAUGUCAUAUUAUGAUUUUUUCUAGACCGCAAUGUCCUAUUCACCAUAACUAUUCUUUUAAUGGUACCACUCUUGAUCGUAUUUUUUCCCAUAAAGAUCUUGGUAUACAUUAUACUCUAUAUUUAUACUUUAAACAUCUCAUAAAUGUAACCAUAGGUAAACCAUUAAAAGUCUUAGGAUUUAUUAAGCGCGAUACCACUAAUUUUUCUUCUGUUUGUUCCCUACAGAUAUUGUAUUUCGCGUAAAGAUGAAUUAAGACUCGAGCAUGUCCAAAAUAGGUUUCUUUUUCCUACGCAGACCAUAACUUUAAAUUAAUACACCCAUCACAUGACUACUCCUUAAUUCGUAGUAUGUUGGAAAUUCCACUACUUUUAUCUUUCCAAAAAGACAUUGGCGUGCAAUUUAUUUCUUCACUCUUAAGAGGCACCACAGACGCCUCUAAUUUCCUAUCAAACAUAAGUUUUCAUAUCCCUUUCUUCUUCUCCAGACAUCACUCCCUCUUCCUAAUACCAGCCCACAAUAUAUCUUACAUUAAUAAAUAACCCUUACAUAGAACGCUCUGUAAUUUAAAUAGCCUUAAUUUUGAUUUCAAUUAUAAGUAAUUAAAUGUACUAGUUGUAAUGUUUUUAUAUUUAAUCAAUUUUUUUUUUUGUAGGGUGGUAAUAUAUCACCAACUAAUUUGUCUAUAGUUGUCUCUGAAUUAUUUUAGUUGUUACUGUGUAUUAUUAGUAUUAUAUUAUAAAUAACUGUUACUUGUAAACCAAACUCUAAAUGUAAUCAUAAAAUUGCUGACUGAUAUUUAUAAAUAAAUAAAUUAUUGAUAAGAUUGAUUAAAAUUAAAUUAUAUAAAACUUAUUUUGGAAUUCAUAUUAUAAUGAAACUAUAUAUAGUAAUAUAUUGUUAGAAAAAAUCUAACACGUAAGCAAUUGUGUAAAAUAACACAUGAGCGAUCCUGGGUUAAGGUUUUUUGCUAUUACUUCUUUAAAAUAAUGGUUUUCGUAAAGAAAUUCAAACACUUUCAAAAAUGUUGAAAUUUGUUUAUUAAUAUAUAGGUAUUAAGUACCAGUUUUGAUUUAAAAGGAGUAUAUAUCCCCUUUCAAAAAGAACAAAAUUUCUAUAAUAUUGAUGGAUUUGUAAAUUGUUCAUUUACACCCUCCCUCCCAUAGUUUUUUUCAAAAAAAAUGUAUCAUUAUUAUUAUUGUCACUAAAUGAUUGCAUAGUUUGAGUUGUUCAAACAGCAUAAAAUUAUAAAUAUCAAAUAUUUAUAUUAUCUCAAUUCAGUUUAAGAUGUUAAAAUACUCUACACAUUUCUUUAGGGAAUUAGUACUGUUAGCGUUAACCGUUCUGGAGCUUUGUUAUUGUUCUGUGAUUGAUUAUCCAACUUUUUAUAUAUUAUUUGAGAUUCUAUUUACACAAGGGCGGACCAUUUAUGUUUAUAAACAUGCAUUUCACAACAAAGUUCAUAGUAUAUAAUCAAAUAUUUGUGGCAAAAAAAAAAAAAAAUUGUUAUAUAUGUACAUUGUACCUAGUUUGUAUGUAGGUACAUACCUCAUUUUUUUAUUUAUGCCAGUUUUGAAAAAUGAUAAGCAUAUAUACACUAUAAGUGGUUUUACCUAUUAUACAUAUUAAUAUUUUAAAAUUAAAAACACAAAAAAUUACCUUUUUAGUUAUUUUAACAAUAUGGGUUUAUUUUUGGAAAUCUUGUUUCUGAUUAGAAUUUCUAAUAGUUCAUAAUUUAAAGCUAGAAAUAAAUGUCAAAAAAAAAUACCUAAAUAAUUUGGAUUAUUUAUUUUUCCAAAAAUUAUGAUUGUUUUAAUGUAAAACAAAAAUAUUUAAUGUCAUAAUUGUAUAUAAUUCUCAGACAAUUGAAAAUAUUGAGCAUCUUACAAGCCUUACAGAAUUGUAUCUUGGCAAAAACAAAGUGGAUAAAAUACAAAAUUUAGAUACAUUGGUACAUUUGAAAAUAUUAAGCAUACAAAAUAAUAGUUUGACUAAGAUUGAAAAUCUCAACAACCUGAUGGAGCUUAAUGAAUUAUAUCUCUCUGAAAACAGAAUUACUGCAAUUGAAAAUCUUGAAGGCAACAUUAUUCUUGGGACUCUAGAUUUGUCCAUGAAUAACAUCACUAGAAUUGAAAAUAUUACACAUUUACAAAAUUUAAAAGAACUUUGGGUAAUAUCAUAAAUUACAAUUAAAAUUAGUAUUUAAAAUUAUUUGCAUGUGUAUUUAUGUUUUUAGUUCAAUGACAACCAAGUAAAUGAUUGGACAAAUGUUGAGAUCUUGGGGAAAAUGAAAAACUUAGAGACUGUUUACUUGGAACAUAAUCCUAUAAGCAAAGAUAGUGCUUAUAGAAGAAAAAUAAAAUUAAUUUUACCUUGGAUUACACAAAUUGAUGCUACACUAGCUAAAUAAACUUUUGUUAUGGACCAAAAAAACCUAUUUAACUUAAGAAAAAUGUAUAGUAAAUUAAGUUUUUAUUAUAUAGAAUAUACCUUUAAAUAAAUAUUUAUUAUUAAUUACUCUAUAUUAAAAAUAAUUUUGAAAAUUGCAAUAUUAAACUGUUAUUUUUAUUGUAAUUAACAUAUUUUUCAUUGUAAAAUUAAAACAAUAUUUACUAAGAAUAAAUUAAUCAUUUAAUUCAAGUUUUUUUACAACAGAAUUUUCAUCAAUUGGAUUAAUAAUUUGACCCAUUUGGGUAACAACAGGUGGAGCUGUAAGUUUAUGGAACACAGUCUCAGGUACCCAAGUUCGGCCAACAGGUAUUUUAAUAGUGUCUUCAUACUCUUCAACGUUUUUAAAUGGAUAUGGUAAUUCAGAGACCUACACACAAAUGUAAUAUUU